UGAAGGGAGUGGCCAGUAUUGCAGUGUCAUAGAUUUGCUCAUCAGUGCAGGAGGAUUAAGCACACACUGACUAUUGGUUUUGAUAAGACGAUGAGAAGUAUUCCGUGGAACUGAAUACCGUAAGCUUUGCAAUGUCACUGGCAGGAAAAGUUGCCUUAAUAACUGGAGCAGCUCAAGGGCUCGGUAAAGCUUUUGCAGAAAUACUGCUGAAAAAUGGUGCUAAGGUCAGCCUUUUAGACAUUAACAUUGCAGCUGGCCUUGAGUUGAAGUCUACAUUUGAUAAGGUCUAUGGUGCUCCGCAAACCAUGUUCACCCCUUGUGAUGUGACAUCUGAUGACCAACUGAAAGAUGCAUUCAAGAAAACAGUUGAAAAUUUUCUGCAGUUGGACAUUGUUUGCAACAAUGCUGGGAUAGGUGAUGAGAAAAACUGGGAGAGAUGUGUGGAUAUAAACUUGGUCAGUAUGAUCAGAGGAACCUACCUGGGACUUAAUUACAUGAGUAAAAAGAAUGGUGGUGCAGGAGGAGUUAUAAUCAACAUUUCCUCCAUGGCAGGAAUCAAUCCUAUAAUAUUUGGGCCUGCCUAUUCAGCAUCAAAGCACGGAGUGGUGGGAUUCUCCCGGGCAAUAGCUGGAGCCUCCAUGGCAGAGAAACUCGGAGUUCGGAUCAAUGCCCUCUGUCCAUCGUUCACUGACACCCCAAUCAUGGAGACUAUUUCAUCACAAGAAAUAUUGGGGCAAUUUGCAGGGCUGGAGAAGAUUGCAAUAAAAACUGUGGCAGCAGUUGGCAUUAUAGACCCAUCACUGGUCGCUGAGGGAUUCUUGCAACUUGUUACCGAUGAGUCGAAGAACGGCGACAUUAUGACAGUAACAAGUAAUGGAAUUGACUACCAGAGAUACCCCCAGAGCCACCUGUGACCCAGAAUACCUGCAGCCUCCCAACACCCAGGGCCUCAACACUGGAAGCCCUGACACCAAGAGCCGCAACAUAGGGAGAUUCAACACCGGGAGUGCCAAGCGAUUACUUUGUUUUCUAAAAUGGGAACAACACACAGCAAGGGGCUUCUGAGUUAGCUACUGGGUGGAGAAUAAGAAAUUACGGCACAGAGGGUUGCUAUUUGGCCCACUGCACAUCACAGCACUCAUGCUCCCCAGAGGGCUGGUGCUUGGGAUGAGCUGCCACUGUCGUCAGUGGCUCUCAGUGUCACCAAUAUUCUUAUCUUUGGGCAGUCAGUCCCUUCCCAUUUCAGGCUUCAGCAGCAUCCUAUCCAUUGUGUGCCUGACCUGGGUCCUGCUGUAUAUAAACGUUCAAACACCUUCUGUCUCAUUAUGCUGUUUAUACCUUUUGUUUAAUGUAUCAGCUCUUUACACUUCAUUCCUCCAGUGUUGUUUUUUGCCGCUCCCUUGUGUUGUGAUCCUGAAUAAAUGUUUGCUUAUUUUUCA